AUGGGGCCUGGCUGUGCCAACGUGCUGGGCUGGCUGCUGCUGCUGCAGGCAGCGUUGGAGGCAGCAGGCGGCCGUCCCUGCGAUGCCAAGGACUUUGGGCAUGGCUCACUGGUCUGUGUCUGCAGUGCCACGUACUGUGACACUCUGGAGCCCGUGGUGCUGCCAGCCCCAGGCACCUACAUCAAAUAUGAGAGCAGCAAAGCUGGCAAGAGGCUGGAACGCAGCGAGGGGAGCUUCCAGCACAACACUGAGAGCCCAGAUUUCCACCUCACCCUGGACACCACACAGCGAUACCAGAAGGUGAAAGGCUUUGGUGGGUCUGUCACAGACUCAGCUGCCAUCAACAUCCAGUCCCUGUCCCCAGCUGCCCAGAACCAUCUGCUCCGCUCCUAUUUCUCUGAGGAAGGCAUUGAGUACAACCUGGUGCGUGUCCCCAUGGCCAGCACCGACUUCUCCAUUCGCCUCUACACCUACGCUGAUGCUGAGGGUGACUUUGAGCUGAAGCACUUCAGUCUGACAGAGGAGGACACAAGGAUGAAGAUCCCCAUCCUCCAGGCAGCCCAGGCAGUGGCCAAGAGGCCAUUGUCUCUCUAUGCCAGCCCUUGGACCUCCCCAGUUUGGAUGAAGACAAAUGGUGCCAUGACAGGGAGGGGGACACUGAAGGGCAACCCUGGGGACAAGUACCACCAAGCCUGGGCUAAAUACUUCAUCAGGUUCCUGGAUGAAUAUGCCAAACACAACCUGACCUUCUGGGCAGUGACAGCAGGGAACGAGCCCACAGCUGGGGAGAUCAUCUUCUACCCCUUCCAGUGCUUGGGUUUCUCCCCAGAGCACCAACGAGACUUCAUUGCACAGGACCUGGGCCCAGCCUUGGCCAACAGCUCCCACCGUCAUGUCCAGCUCAUCAUCUUGGAUGAUCAAAGGGUGAUGUUGCCCUAUUGGGCCCAGGUGGUUCUCAAAGACCCCGUGGCUGCCAGUUACAUCAGUGGCAUUGGCAUCCAUUGGUACCUGGACUUCCUGGCUCCCAUUGACCUCACCCUCUCCAUCACCCAUCAUCUCUUCCCUGAUUAUUUCCUCCUCUCCACUGAAGCCUCUACUGGUUCCUACUUCUGGGAGCCCAGGGUGGUUCUGGGGGGCUGGGACAGAGGCAGCAAGUACAGCCACAGCAUCCUGACGAACCUCAACAACUAUGUGACUGGUUGGACUGACUGGAACUUGGCCUUGAACAUGGAGGGGGGACCCAACUGGAGCAAGAACUACGUGGACAGCCCUGUCAUUGUGGACAGCAGCAAGGAUGUCUUCUACAAGCAGCCCAUGUUCUAUCACCUGGGACACUUCAGCAAGUUCAUCCCUGAGGGCUCCCAGCGUGUGGGCUUGUCUGUCUCCAAGAAGUGCCACCACUGUGACCUGGAGCACUCGGCUUUCCUUCGCCCUGAUGGAGCCGUUGUCCUGGUGACCCUCAACCGCUCCCCCAUGGAUGUCUCCUUUGGGAUCUCUGACCCAAGGGUGGGCUCCAUUGAGGCCGUGGCUCCCGCUGACUCCAUCCAGACGUGGCUGUGGCAGCAGCCAGCUUAA